GAAGAGCCAGUAUGGAGGCAGUUGAAGAGGCAGACGUCGAUGUCGAAGGGGAUGUGACGGCCCUUGGAGAAGCGCGGUCGGGAAGCUGUGACAACCCAUCAUCCAGUUUACUCCAUGAUCACUACCUUAACUCAACUUGGAGAACUGAUACUGGUCUUCCUUGGAGUCUUGAUAGUACAAUUAGUGAAGAAAACAAGGCUGCCAUUGAGAAGAUGUUGUUGGAAGAAGAAUACUAUCUAUCUAGUAAAUCACCUUCAGAUAGACUUUGGCGUGACUCGAAGGAAAGUGAUAAAAAGUGUGUUAAAAGUCCUCACAAGAAAGACAGAAGAAUCACCAUAUGUUCACCUACAAAAUCAUCUACUGUGUCAUUAAAGUGGACCCUGGAAGAAAAAGAGUUAUUUGAACAAGGACUGGCUAAGUUUGGCAGAAGGUGGACGAAAAUAGCCAUGAUGAUUAGUAGUCGCAAUGUUCUUCAAGUAAAGAGCUAUGCCAGACAAUACUUUAAGAACAAGACAAAAACAGAUGGCUUGCAAAAAAUGGAACAUCUGUGCUUCAGUGCUCCGAUUCCUACUAGCAAUGAGAAUGAAGAAGAGAAAGAAGUGUUAUGUGCACCUACAUAUUUAAGAGGUCGGGCAGACCCUAAUCUGAAUGCAGUAAAAAUUGAAAAAUUAUCAGAUGAUGAAGAAGUAGACAUCACAGAUGAAAUGGAUGAGCAUCUUUCUUACGCACCUCAGCAGGAAUCUGGGAGAUCUGAGCUAUUAGAUAAUACAAAGAGUCCAGCUGAACAAACCAGUUGGACAGAUCCCAUUUUGGAUCCAGCUGUUCUCCUAACUACAAGACUUAAUACAAAGCCAGAACACAGUGAAGUUGAAAGUCCAGAAAGUGCAAUGUUAAGCUGUGAAAAAAAUGAUUGUGAACCUAUGAAAUCAAAUCAUCCCAAGUCUACCAGUUGGUUUUCUAAUUCAGAACGUUGUGGAGAACAGGAUGACUUGAUUGACAGCAGUGUCAUUUUCCAGUCUUCUGACCAAAUGGAAGAGGAGAAUCAGAUUGGUGCAGAGCUUAAGCCACCGGACCAAGAAGUGGAAAUUGAUAAAAAUACCAUAUUAGAAGAAGAAAAGCAAGCAAUACCGGAAUUUUUUGUGGGCCGUCAGGCAAAAACACCUGAGCGCUACUUGAAAAUUAGGAACUAUAUUUUAGAUCAGUGGGAAAGAAUCAAACCAAAAUACCUGAAUAAAACGUCAGUACGCCCAGGACUAAAGAACUGUGGUGAUGUAAAUUGCAUAGGCCGGAUACACACAUACCUGGAAUUAAUAGGAGCAAUUAACUUUGGCUGUGAGCAAGCUGUAUAUAACAGGCCACAGUCAGCUGACAAAAUACGGCUGAAGGAAGGCAAGGACACUAUAGAAGCAUAUCGACUUGUGCAACGGCUACAGUCUAUGCGUACAAGGAGGCGGCGAGUCAGGGACCCUUGGGGCAACUGGUGUGAUGCCAGAGAUUUGGAAGGACAGACAUUUGAGCAUCUCUCUGCUGAAGAGUUGGCUAAGAGGCGAGAAGAUGAAAAGCAUAAACCACCAAAAACAUCUAAAGGACUAAGACACAACAAAAGUUCAUUUGAUCCCUUUCAGCUGAUUCCUUGCUGUUCCUUCAGAGGAGAAAAAUCAGAGCCAUUCCAAGUAACAAUUGCACCAGAGGCACUUCUGAUUAUGGAUAUGCAUGCUCAUGUUUCAAUGGCAGAAGUCAUAGGUCUGCUAGGUGGAAGAUAUUCUGAAACUGAUGGAAUAGUCCAAAUAUAUACAGCAGAACCAUGCAAUAGCCUCAGUACAGGAUUACAAUGUGAGAUGGAUCCUGUAUCUCAAACGCAGGCAUCAGAAACACUUGCUGCUAGAGGUUACAGCAUUAUUGGGUGGUAUCAUUCUCACCCUGCAUUUGACCCCAAUCCUUCAAUACGAGAUAUUGAUACACAGGCUAAAUACCAGAAUUAUUUCUCCAGAGGUGGUUCAAUGUUUGUUGGAGUGAUCAUAAGUCCCUAUAAUCAAAAUAAUCCACUUCCAUAUUCCCAGAUUACAUGUCUCAUAAUCAGUGAUGAGAAUAGUUCUGAUGGCUCCUACCGCUUGCCCUACAAGUUUGAAGCGCAGCAGAUGUUGGAAGAACCUCACUGGGAAUUAGUGCUGGAAAAAACGCAGUGGAUAAUUGAAAAAUACAGGAUGUCUCAUAGUUGUGUGCCCAUGAACAAAAUCUUCCACAGAGAUUCAGAUCUGACCUGCUUACAGAAGCUGUUGGAGUGCAUGAGGAAGACGCUGGACCAUGUGGCGAACAGCUUCAUUGCUGAAGAAUUCUUGGCUCAGAUAGAAAACUUAUUCCUCUCAAGCUACAGUAAUGAGAAAUGGAAUAAUACUACUGAAGGGAAUAACAUGUGUCCAAAUGACCUGCCAACAUGAUGAUGAUGAUGAAAAGCGCGAUUGCUUGCUUUCUAAUACAUUGCUGUUCUUGAGUGACAACAUCCAGUAUGGCUAAAGGAAAUGACUUGCACUGAAAGACAAUGUGAAACAGUCAUGACAAACCACCUGAUCUAAUCUUUUGAAAUUAUGGUUGUUAUACUGCAGACAUAUAUAUUUGGAAUUAGAAAGCUACACUAUAGGACCAAGAAGUUAAUGUUCAUAUUCUAUCCUACCGAACUUACAUGUAUCAUUUAGGGAACAUCACUGUACAUUGGGUUUCAGUGUCAGUGUAAAAUGUCUGUUAUCAAACACACUGGUCCUAUUUAUAUUGCAUAUUGCUAACAACAAGGGAGGGGAAAUCAUUUUUAAAGUAGUGAUAACAGGUAUAAUGUGUAUGAAGAUUCUGAGGUUCAAACUAGAUGUAGUGUUGGGAGAUGCAUCUCCUGUGGCUUUUUGUAAGAAAUAACUGAGCUCCCACCCCCCACCCCUUUGGAUUGAGACAGUGGCAAAGAUGAGUAAGGAUGUCCUUUCUCUGCUCGUUUGGGAGCCUCCAAGAUGUGUUAUUUGCUCUGUAGGCAAAAAAAUUAUAGAUACCUUGCAUGAUGCUUGCGUUUUUCCUCUUUUCUCCCACAAUGCAGUUUAUUCAUGGGGGAAAAAAUGCUGGCAAUCCAUUCAUAGUUACCCCAAGGGUGGACUCUCAAGUCUUGAGCAUUUCAUUUGCUGAUCCACAUCCAACCAAUGCAAAAGUCUUGUAGCUCACUCUGCCAUCCCCAAUUGAACAAAGUAAUAUAGGACUAAGACCCCCAGACUAAAUUAUGCUACCUGAAUAUAUUGCACAAAUCUGUAAAACUUUUUCUUCAGAGUAGGAUGUUCUUGUUCAUUUGUCAAGAGCUACAGAAAGAGUUCUGCUGAGCAGAAGUUGGGUUGAUAAUAUUCCCAGACCCCAGGAAUCCCAAACUUGGAUAAUACAUAGGACAGAAAAGAGCAAACAUCUCCCUGCUAAGCAUUUUUAUCAAAUGGAAUCUGAACUUUAUGUACUAAUGGGCUGCAUGUUCCAUUUAAGCUAUUUUGGCUUUAGCUAGUAAGCUAACUUGAGCCUACAAAUUGAGCAUCUUGUGACUAACUUGAAGUAUUUGUAUGGGUAUGUAUAAAGAGAUGUUUCUCAAUAACGGUUCAGAAUCGAUUUGGCUUAAUAAUGGUAUUCAUCUGCUUGUGAAGAUCUCUUGAUUCUAGUGUGCUAGAUACAUCUGUGAUCAUUUUGAAACGUGUUCUGUGUUUUGAUUCAGUAACCUCUCGUUUGUCCAAGAAAGACUCCUGCAAGAUCAUUGCUUUAAAUAGAAUCAGAACCAUAGCUUAAGUUUGGGGAGCUUUUGUCAUAAUUGUAUCUCAAGUAGACAUUAUUAUUGAAUAGUAUAUACAUUAUACUGUAAAUAUGUGUAACAAUGGUGUAAAUAUUGUAUAUUUGUACAGAAACAAAUUACUCACUACUUGAUCCUCAUGUAAAGCACAAUACAGAUAUAUUUACCCAUACGUUUUUACCUAUAAUAGGGGAAGGUUUAUCAUGAAGAUAAUGGAAAAGACUCUUCCUAGCAACAUUGCCCCUUCAGUAAACUGUGUGAAGUUAUUGAAAAUA